GCUCUUCAAUUGGCUAAGCGUAGCCACUUGGAACGCUGAUCAACGAUAAGCCUGAAAGGAAAAUAUCCCUUUCGUAUUUAUUCGCUUGUGUUACCCUGCAGGAAUGAGCUCGAAGGAAUCGCCGGUGCGUGAGAAAGUCAGGGCGUAUUGCGGCCAAGGUACGUCUCCUGAGGCCUCGCCUCUGACACCACCAGAGCCUACGGGGGAAAAGUACUCAACGAGAACGCCCUCGCCCACAAACAGUUCGGGCGGGAUGCGUGCGAACGUUCAAAUUCCCGUAGAUUCGAACACGCUGGACAAGUACUCGACGAGAGCGCUUUCGCCCGCAUUCAACAAGGGCCGAAGAAGCGUCCAAGUUCCCGUGGAUCCGAACACGGUGGACAAGUACUCGACGAGAACGCCCUCGCCCGCGUUCCAUCAGGACCGCAGGAGCAUCCAAUUUCCCGUGGAUUUGAACACGGUGCAAGAGUACUCUACGAGAACGCCCUCGCCCGCAUUCAACCAGGGACGGAGGAGCGUCCAAGUUCCCGUGGAUCCGAACACGGUGGACAAGUACUCGACGAGAACGCCCUCGCCCGCAUUCGACCGGGGCCGGAGGAGCGUCCAAUUUCCCGUGGAUCCGAACAUGGUGGACGAGUACUCGACGAGAACGCCCUCGCCCGCGUUCAGUCAGGGACGGAGGAGCGUCCAGAUUCCCGGGGAUACGAACAUGGUGGAAGAGCACUCGACGAGAACGCCCUCGCCCGCAUUCAAACAGGGCCGGAGGAGCGUCCAGAUUCCCGGGGAUACGAACACGGUGGAAGAGCACUCGACGAGAACGCCCUCGCCCGCAUUCCACCAGGGCCGGAGGAGCGUCCAAUUUCCCGUGGAUCCGAACACCGUGGUAGAGUAUUCGAAGAGGACGCCCUCGCCCGCAUUCAACCAGGGACGGAGGAGCGUCCAAGUUUCCAUGGAUCCGAACACGGUGGACAAGUACUCGACGAGAACGCCCUCGCCCGCAUUCAAACAGGGCCGGAGGAGCGUCCAGAUUCCCGUGGAUCCGAACACGGUGGAAGAGCACUCGACGAGAACGCCCUCGCCCGCAUUCGACCAGGGCCGGAGGAGCGUCCAAUUUCCCGUGGAUCCGAACACGCUGGAAGAGCACUCGACGAGAUCGCCCUCGCCAGCAUUCAGCCAGGGCCGGAGAAGCGUCCAAAUUCCCGUGGAUCGGAGCGAUCUUCUGAGUGGUUUUGUCGCCUCGGACGGCACGCAGGUCGUCCAGCACAACGUCUACGUCAUCCUGGGCCACGGUACCGUGCAGAGGCGGGUGCUGGCCGCCACAAUCCUGUCCAUGGUGGCGCUGUUUUUCCACACGCUCGCAUUGCGCCUCAUUGGACGCGACGUGGACCACUGGUGCAAGCCUCCCGAAGAACUGCUCCACAUGUCGCCGCACGAGUGGAGGAACGUGGCCAUACCCGUCGAGGCCGACGGGAGCUUCAGCCAGUGCACCGUCUACGACCCGCCCGUGCCGAUCGGAUUGGAAGAGGAGCGCCGCGUAGUUAACUGCGACAAGUGGGAGUACGACAUCGGGAGCACCGAGGACAGCAUCGUCAGCAACUACGACCUGGUGUGCGGGCGCCGCUGGCUCUACGAGUGCUCCUCGUUUGUCUAUAUGAUGGGUGCGAUGCCCUUUGCCCCCUUAGCCGGCGUACUCUCGGACAGGUGGGGCCGCAAACCGGUCAUCAUGGCCACAGUGAGCGCCCUGCUGCUGGCCACCCUUUGCACCGCCAUGGCUGACACCUUGGUGCUCUUCCUGCUCGCCCGAUUCUUCGAGUGCGCCGCCUGCAGCUCGUCCACGCUCAUACUCUUCACGCUGCUCUACGAAGUGACCGGGGACGAGCGGCGAGCUGCGUACAGCGUGUGGGCCACCGGACUGGCGGCCAUCUUGUGCCCACCUUUCCUGGCACUCGUUGCACUGUUCGAGCCACGCUGGACGCUGUCCCAGGUUAUCAUCGCGGUCCCAACGGUGGUUCUGGCUGCCUAUUGCCUGCUUCUGGAUGAAUCGCCCAGCUGGCUCCUGGCCACCUGCAGGCUGCGCGAUGCCGAGCGCGUUCUCCUGGCGGCAGCCAAGUGCAACGGCCAGGACGAAGACACGGCGAGGGCCACGUUCACCGCCCUCAAACAACAGAUUAAGAGACGCCAGCAAGUGUGCGAGUCCACCAUGGGCAUCGUUCCCAAGGAAAGCGUCAGCUGUGGCACCGUCGUGCCGCAGGAACACAUCGUGCCCGUGUCCGUGUGCUGGUUCACCCUGAACUUCGGCUACUACGCGAUCGAGCUGCGGUCACUCGCGCCCAGGACAGCGUGGGUCCAGGCGGCGCACCUUCUGCUACAGUUGGUCUUCUACGUGCGUGCCGCCCGGACCGUGGUCGGGUGGGGCUACCGCGGCACCCUCACCAUAUUCCUCGGUCUGCUUUGCCUGUGCACGCCCGUGCACGUGGUGGCGGUUUUCCACCAAGACGCCAUGCUGGUGUCGUUGUGCGGCGUCCUGGUGGCAUGCGCGUGCGCGGCGGCAAUGAGCGUCACCUACGGCUACACGACUGAGGUAUUCCCGACCACGGUUCGCGCCACCGGCCUCUGCGUGUCGUAUUCCUUCGACAGGCUCGGCGCCCUGCUCGCGGUGGCCUCGUCGGCGGCGAGCAGUCAUCGAGUCGUGCUCGCCGUCGACGCUGCCGCGGCGGCGAUGAUGUUCGUGUGCCUUGCUGUGGUGCGGUGGCUGCCCGAAGUGUUCCUGAAGCGAAGGCGGCAGCACCGUCUCCUCGAGCUGCCGAGGAAACCCGAGGAGCGGAGGGAGGCUCGCAAGGCAUCCUUGUCGCAAAAUGCGGGGACCAGAAAGAAGUCGCGCUCACGCUCUGCCAGUGCUGUGACCGAAUGACCUAUGCCGAGUCUUGAUGUCGCGCUGGCUGUUCUUGCGAAGGCACGUGAUAUCGAUUACACCACAUCGAUUUGAGACAGACCUCACUGAUAAUGAUUAGGGCAAACAUUCUGUUGUGUAACAAUAGGGAAGGCUUUUUAGAAAGUACUAUGGUGAAGUGAGUCUUCGUUUUUAGUGCUAGCGAAAUUGAACAGCUGUGUUUAGCUUUUAUUUCAUAGUGACUUGAAGUUUGUCGUGUGACACGUGCGUUGAGUUUCCUAUAAACUAUACCAGAAGGGCGCCCGACAAACUCUAGAAGUGAGGAACACUGUUUAUUGAUGGCCUACCAUUUUCUUAAAGAUUAAGCUUAGUUCUGCCCAAUUACGAAUGUGCUUGAGCGCCUGCUUAGGGCGCUCCUGCUCUAUAAUAUGUCUCGGAACUGUGCAUAUUUUUUGAAUUUUGUGCUUUGUUAAAUGAUGCCACACGAAUUGACUGCUUUACUCUCAGGUGGGCGGCUACAUUUUUUACAGAUAUUUGCAGCGCAGUUCUGAAGUGGUAUAAACAUUGGGUUUUUAAAAAGCUGAA